AGUUUGAGGGUUCAAGUUGAAAGAGAUUCCCAUCGUCUACGUCCACCGGUGGACGUCGUGGCGAAGACGAUGGAUGAGACGCACCAGAAGUCCUUGAAGGAGAUGGCUGACCGAGUGGCUGAGAUGCAGGAAUACAUUGAGGGUGCCCCGCAUCGCAUCAAAGUGGGCUGCUUCGCUGGGGGUGCGGCGAUCGUGCUGAAUGGCUUUCUCAGUGUCAUCGAUGUGUUCGAUGUCUUUGAUGAGCCCAUUUACUACGUGGUGAACGCCUACAUGGUCUUCUUCGGCGUGGUGACCAUGGUGACCGAGAGCGACCCCUCCUUUAUCCAAGUGCACGAGACCCUGACACCUCUGCAGAAAUGGAUGCACGAGUGGGCCAAGGGCCUCACGAUGCUCUGGGGAAGAGGUCUCUUCUAUGUCUUCCAAGGAACGCUUUGCACUUUGUCCGCCAGCUUGCUAAGUUUUGGCCUGGUCAUCGGGGUCUAUAUGAUGUCGAUGGGAGUCUUGUGCUUGGUGAUCCACUACAAGAGAUCGCGGCCGGUGGCGCCCCCACCUGCAGAGUACAUCAGAAUUCAGUAGCAUCCUGAGGAGCCUUGAAUCAGGGAGAUCAGAGGGUCCCUGAUGAAUAUUUGGUGGGCUUUGGCUUGUGAAGC